AUGCUCCCACUGACACGCAUAUGUCUGCUGCUCAUCGUGUCUUAUGAUAUACUAAAGGAGCGCCUGCACAAGGGGUUGUUCUACCCAACCAACACCAGCCUUUGUCUAAGAGUGUUUUCAGAUUUCGACUGGGCGGUUUGCUCUGAGACUCGCAAGUCUGUCACCGGAUAUGCUGUGUUUCUUGGCCCUACUCUCAUUUCAUGGAAAUCAAAGAAAAAAGAUACCGUCUCUAGAUCAUCUUUCGAGGCAGAGUACAGGGUAAUGGCUUCUACAGUUUGUGAAAUACAGUGGCUCAUGAAUUUGCUCCGAGACUUACAGGUUGCUGAUGGCUUUACUAAGCCCCUACUCGUCUCCCAGUUCAAGUGUUUUGUGUCUAAGCUGGGCAUCCAGAAUUUGCACACUCCAGCUUAA